UGGUGGGAGUGGGUUCCGAAACGUCUCGCUCGGCUUUAAAAUUCAGCCGAUAGCUGCAGGUCUCACUCUGGCAGCCGGCUCAGGUCAACGCAGGCGACAUGACAACAUACACAGACAAAGGUGAAAAGCAUGAGCAGGGCAGGUUCAUCUGCUUCGAUCAUCUGACCUUCUGGGUUGGAAACGCGAAGCAGGCUGCCUCCUUUUACUGCAACAAGCUCGGGUUUGAGCCGCUGGCUUACCGAGGCCUGGAGACGGGCAGCCGGGAUGUGGUGUCCCAUGCAGUGAAACAGGGGAAGAUCGUUUACGUCUUCUCCUCUGCUCUCAAUCCUGGUAACAAAGAGAUGGGGGACCAUCUGGUAAAACACGGGGAUGGGGUGAAAGACAUUGCUUUUACGGUGGAGGAUUGUGACUUCCUGGUUCAGAAAGCCCGCGAGAAAGGAGCAAUUAUUGUCAAAGAGCCCCACACUCUGGAGGACAAGCACGGGACGGUGCGACUGGCCGUGCUUCAGACGUACGGUGACACCACGCAUACGUUUGUGGAGAGGAAGGGCUACAGCGGCUUGUUUCUGCCUGGUUUCCACCCCCCUCUCUUCAGAGACCCCUUUCUAGCCAAACUACCAGUCGGAAAACUGGACUUCAUCGACCACGUUGUGGGAAACCAACCGGAUGAUGAGAUGGUUCCAAUUGUAGAAUGGUACCAGAGGAACCUUCUCUUCCACCGCUUUUGGUCGGUGGACGACAAACAGCUCCAGACAGAAUUCAGCGCCCUGCGCUCCAUCGUGGUGGCGAACUACGAGGAGACCGUGAAGAUGCCCAUCAAUGAGCCCGCCAAGGGGAAGAGAAAGUCUCAGAUACAGGAAUACGUGGAGUACUACGGAGGUCCGGGAGUGCAGCACAUCGCCAUGAACACAUCAGACAUCAUCACUGCAAUCCGUAACCUGAAGGAGCGAGGCGCGGAGUUCAUGACGGUGCCGGACACUUACUACCACCAGCUGAGGGAGAAUCUGAAACACUCGAAGGUCAAAAUCGCCGAGAGCCUGGAUGUCCUGCAGGAACUGAAGAUCUUGGUGGACUACGACGACAAAGGCUAUUUACUCCAGAUCUUCACCAAGCCAGUUCAGGACCGUCCCACGGUUUUCCUGGAGGUCAUUCAGAGACACAAUCACCAGGGAUUUGGUGCAGGGAAUUUCAAGUCUCUUUUUGAAGCUAUCGAAGCAGACCAGCGCGCUCGAGGAAAUCUGACCGUCCUGACACCAAACGGAGACACAGAGAACAUGUGAAGCCUCCCGUUUCCUCUCUUCACAACUUGUAUCCAUCACUAAUAGAACAAGCUGCUCAGGUUCUUAUUGAUUAACUGCUUCUAAUUUCUGAUAAUAAAUGCACAUGAGAGCACUUAA